AUGACGCCAGCGCCCCGUUCAAAUAAGACGGGAAGUCAUCAGUUUAGAGAACUUUUUGAGGGGCUUAGAGAUAGUAAUGUAACUGUGAGAGCGGUUUGGUUACAGGUUACUUCUCCCGUCAAUUGGGAAUCCAACGUUGAUGACAACAUUUACUUCCUUAACGAUGUCAUUUCUAUGGCUAAGUAUUAUGGCGUUAGAAUUGGUCUCUACACAAACGCAUACGAUUGGAAUCAAAUCACUAAAGCCGCUAAAGUAGAGGGAUCCAUGCUCUGGUACUGGAAGGUGAAUGGAAGAGGAUCGAAAGGUGAAACAUCAGCAAACUUCAAUGAUUUUGUUCCAUUUGCGAAAUUUACAAAAGCAACUAUGAAACAAUAUGGUCAAACAGUGGAAUUGUGUGGAGUCACGUUGAAUAAAGAUGUUUAUGAAGUGAAAAAGGCUAAGCUUCUUGCUCUCACCGACCUGAAAGAGAAGAAGAGCGAUAAGUUAAUCGUGGGCAUAUUGGGCAGCGAUUCAUUCAGUGGACUUUCGGGGAAAGCAGCAUAA